AUAAAAACAAACACAAACUUAACCAAACUAAAGUGUCAGUCACUUUUAAAUUUCUGCCUGUUUGUAAAAUAUUUUGCAUUAUAUUGAAAAAUAAUUAUUGUUUCAACUCAAAGUCAAAUUGUCAAUAUCUGAGUCUUAUCUGUUUAUCAAUAUCAAGAUCAAUAUAAAUGCGGGACGACAUUUUUGACACCUUUCAAUUUGAAUUUGUGGAACUUGUGCAUUUCUAUUUGAAGAAAGACAGAUAUUUUCUUGUCUGGAAUAUAUUAUUUUUUCUAGUAUGGACAUUAUUUCGCACUUUCUAUUUUGUGGUUGUAAAGGCGUUGUUCAAAAGGUUCACAAAGAGAACCAAUGUGGAAAGUGACCGGUUUGUGGACACGUCAUGGAAUUUCUGCUUUUACUGCAUUUCCACUCCAUUGGGCAUCCUCAGUUUGGAGCCGGGGAAAACAUUCGAAGAACACCUGAAGGUCGGCCUGGUAAACAAGGAGAGCUACUCAAAAUGCUCAAAGUUGGAGUGGAACAAUAAUUUAUUCUUGGACACAAAUUUAUUCAUUGCAUUGCUCACUGGAUUCCAUUUGCAUUCAGCGUUCGAUGCAUUCAGAAACCCCAAACCUCAUUGGCCUGAAAUCGUUUUGAAAAUUUUGUUUGGUGCUUUUCUUUUGGCUAUAGGUACUUCCAACUUUACAGUGACAUUAAUAACUAUGGUUGGAACUCCAAGGUUUCUAUAUGAACUGAGUAAACUCUUAUUCAACUUCGGCUCAUUUACAAACUCAGUAUUCAUAAAGUAUUCAUCGUACUUCUGCUUAGUUGUCUACUCCAUUGUUUGGGUAUACAUGUAUGUCUGGAUAUUGCCAACCAUUUUGAAUUACAAACAUCAAAUACUAGCGGAGUAUAUUAUUCUGAGUCUUCUGAUUUGUAUAACAUAUGGAGUUGAGUUAAUUACUGGUCCGGUAAGCCGAGUCUUAUUUUCUCUCUUUCUCAACAAAACCUUUGGAUUGGAGUAUUAUUUAUACGGAACAAAUCUUUUUGGCAAACCCUUGUACGUUAUCAAACAAGAGAUGAUUGAACACGAGAGAAAGAUGCGUAAAAUCAGACUGGAAUCGCUGCGAAGUAUUGAAAAAGAACCACCAUUGAUUGUCAUCCCCAAAAGUAGAGAAAAUUCAGUUGCUCUUUAUCAAACUGUCAAAUGUUACAUUAGGAUGAGAAAGAAAUUGAAAGCGGUGCGAAAGCAAAUUGAAGAACGAAGGAAAAACGAGAUGAUGUACGGAAACUUGAAGAAAGAGGAAUAAAAUUGGAAUCAAUUUCCAGGGGACUCUCAUUUUGAGCUUUACUACCAUCAACCAGUCAAUUCCGCUACAGAACUUAUCCUGGUAUAAUCGAAACUACUAUUUUUCUCUACGUUCUUCUUUGUGAGCCAAGUUGAAAGACUUGUAUGGUGCGGCGAGUUUUUAAUCUUUUUGGUGGUCCAGUCAAGAAAAGUCAUCAAAAAGAGUACAUCUCAGUUACUCUUCCAACUGAAAUUGUUUAUUCGAAGUGUGCAUCAGCUCAAUUGAGAUAUUUUAACCGGGGAGAAAAUAUUUCAAACUCUCGGAAAAACAAGACUCAUAACGAUUUUUUAAAAUUUCAUCGUUCAUGCUUCAGACACAAAACAUAACAACUGUGUGAAAUUAUUGGCUUUUGCUUCAAGAUCUCAUUGAUAACUCUAUUUUAUCAUCUAUACUUUUUUCUAGUCAAACACACAUUAUUAUAUUUCCAAUGAUUGUUGCUUUUGAAAUAUUGUCAACACGCAUGCUCAUGAUAAAUUAUUGUGUACAACUUUGUCGAUCGUCCUGAUAAUGUUAAUACUUUUAUAACGACUCUCGUGUGGCAAAAGCAUUACAGCUUAUUUUCAGUGGCACUAUGUAUUUAGACAUUUAUUGUGAAAGUUUUGAUUAAAUAAUGGAAAGACAAAUUUCAAAAAUCUGAUACAUUUUACAAAUAUAACCUGAAGAUCCUAUUUUGUAUUUUAUUCGCAAUUUACUUCACAGAUAUAUUUUUAUUUUAUAUAAAUAGUGUUUUUACUUAAGCGUUGAAUGGAGGUAAUGGAAAAUGAAGUCAUGAAUCUCAAUGUAGAUAAUUUAUUAAAAGUGCAAUAUACAUUUUUCAAAUUCCA